AUGGGUUUUUUAUUCACAGCCCUUACCCUUUUUCUUGCGGCCUAUUUGCGCAUAUCCAUAGCCUCCAGCCUACUGGUGGUCGAUCUAGGUUAUGAGCUCCAUCAGGUAUUCUCUCUAAAUCAGACAACUGAACUCUACAAUUUCAGUAAUAUCAGAUACGCCGCUCCACCUCUGGGAGGUCUGCGGUUUCGAGCCCCGUUGCCGCCCAAGUUGAAUCGCUCUGAAGUCCAGACUGGGUCAGUGGGGAGGGUUUGUCCGCAGGCAACGCCAAUAUGGAGCAGAUAUAUCAUGCCACUUGCCUCCCUCGACGUCUCUACCUACCCGUUUGCUCUCCCGGAGGAUCCCAGAAUCUCGGAGGAUUGUCUCUUCCUUGAUGUUGUGGUUCCACAGAAAGUAUUUGACCGAGCUCAGAGCAAAAUUCCAGAAAGGAACCCCAACGCCGCGCUCCAUGACCAACGACUCGGCUUGAUCUGGGUAACCCAGAAUAUUCAUCUGUUCGGAGGUCAGUCUGACUGGGUCACUGUGAUGGGCGUCUCUGCUGGAUCAGGGUCCAUCCUUCAUCAGAUCACCGCAUACAAAGGGCUUCAGGGACCUUCGCUCUUCCAACAAGCUAUCCUCCAGAGCCCCGCCUGGGAGCCGAAGUACGACACAGACAAAGAGGAGCGAACAUUCCGCCAAUAUCUCAAACUACUCAAUGUCAGCAGUAUCGAAGACGCUCGCCAGAUAUCUUCCGAAAAACUCAUCGCUGCCAACGCCUAUCAAGUGUCAAGCUCCCUGUAUGGUACGUUCACUUAUGGACCCGUGGUGGACGGGAUCUUUGUCCUCGACCUGCCAGCCCUCAUGUACACUCCUCCAUCCAGCUUACAAGACAGUGGUCUCUCCUCACUCGUAGACGGGCAUUUCCCCGGCAUAUCGGAGAGUAUGAAAGGAGUCAUUCUCAACGUAUACCCACCCAUUCUAGAUAGGAACCACGGGUACAGCAGUUGGCUCGAGCGAGACUCGCUUGCCCUUUCCGACAUCUGCUUUCAAUGCAAGUCAUACGAUCUGAAUCACGCACACAAGGAUAACAGUUAUUCCUGCGUAUUCUCCAUCCCUCCCGCCAUGCAUUGGUUGGACCAUCCGUACACAUUCUACAUCAAGGGUGAAAAGCCUAUAGCCGAGAACCCCAUCUUCCAAGUGGUGAACGAGACGGUGGCAUACAUCCUACAAGACUACUUUACCAGCUUCGCUCAAACAGGCAAGCUGACUUCUCCACUCGGGCCGGCACUCGAGAUAUACGGCUCUGAGAGUCGGGUGUUAAGUCUAGGGUUGAACAAUAUUACGGUAAUGCGCGAUCCAGCUUGCGAUGCUCGGUGUGUUUACUGGCAAUCUGCCUUUUACUUUGACAGGGAAGGUGUGUGA